GGCGAGAGGGCGAAGAGGGUCCGGGGGACUGUGAAGCGGGAGGGGAGGGCUCGUUGCAGGGAACAGGUUGCGCUCGUCGUCCCCCCCCCCCGCCCCCAGAUGGCGGAUUUCGUGGUUCCCCGGCACAGCGCGGUGAUGGAGCGCCUCCGCCGGCGGAUAGAGCUGUGCCGGCGGCACCACGGCAACUGUGAGUCCCGCUUCGAUGCGGUGUCCGGAGAGCGGCUGGAGCUAGAGCGGCAACACACCUUCCAGCUGCACCAGCGCUGCCUGCAGGCCAAGGCCAAGAGAGCCGGCAAACACAGGCAGCAGCCACCGCCGGCCAGCAGCGACCAAACCCGGGGCAACCAGGCCAGCAGCGGCACCAUGGAGCCGGGAGACGGGGGCAGCAACGGGGAGCAGUGCCGGAACAGCACCCUGAUCGCGCAGCUUCAUGAAACCGUUAAAAGAAAGCUGGACAGUGCAGCGUCACCUCAGAACGGGGAUCAACAGAACGGAUAUGGAGAUAUCUUCUCGGUGUCCAAGAAGCUCCGACACGACGAUGGAAUAACAGGGGUGAUCGGAUCAUCGAACGGGAUGCCCCCAGUCUCGCCCUUGCAUCAGCUGGACAACAAGCCUCCCAGCGUAGAUUCUUUGCAGUUGAACGGUAGCCAUACUAUCGGACUUGAUGGUGUCAAUAAAAAGUGUCUUCCAGACGCAGGUCUGCAGCUGAACGGGAAUGGGGACGCCGACGACUUCUCUCUUUGCUUGGGCAAGGAAAUGAAGCAGGAGCCCGUGGAUGACUUGCCUUGUAUGCUGUCUGGAGUCGGCGGGUCCAUGUCUCAAAACAAUCUGAUGCCGGAUCUAAACCUGAAUGAACAGGAAUGGAAGGAACUCAUUGAGGAACUUAACAAAUCUGUUCCUGAUGAGGACAUGAAGGAUCUUUUCAGCGAUGACUUUGAGGACAAAAAGGACAAUGAGGCCUCAAAUUCUGCAACACAAACCCCAUCGACGCAGGACAUUCAUAUCAAAACAGAGUUUUCUCCUGCACAUUUUGAGCAGGAUUCCCUUGGAUCACCCCAAGUAAGGUCGUCAUCUUGUGGGCCUUUUGGUGGAGCUUCUUCAGUGCCUACUAGCAGUUCAUCUCCCAUGGUAGGUGGUUCUCAGACUGUGUUCCAGCAGUCUUCUCAGACUGUGACUGAAUCAUCCAACCCGACUUCCAUGCAACCCUCAAGCCAAUCGCAAAACGUGCAGAGACCUUUACCUAAUGUAUUAUUGAGUGGACAGGGUGCUGGAACUACCAAAGAGAUGUCCUCCGCGCACCAGCUUCAGCAGAUUGCAGCUAAGCAGAAGAGGGACCAGUUGCUGCAAAACCAGCAACAGGCUCAGCAGGUCCACCAGUCAGGGCAGAUGACCAACUGGCCACAGUCGAGAACGUCUCAGAGUCCGCAUGGUGUUCAGUAUAGUAUGGAUAAACCCACCAGCCCUUCUGUGUACCCACAAGACUUUAAUAACCAGAAACUUAUGAUGCCCAACUUGAACAAAAACUCCCCACGUGGUGGAGGCUCCUACAUGCAGCCCAACCACGUGAACAUGAUUGGUCAUAAGCCUCCAAACAGCUUAAACCCCAACCAGUCUGCCGGUCCCAAUGCCAUGCUGGACUAUGGCAACACCAUACCUCUCUCUCAUUAUGAGGCCGACUGUGGUCCAGGAGUUUUAACCCCAAAUCAGAGCAAGAAUGUAAUGAUGUCAUACCUUCAGCAGCGACAGCAACAGCAGCAGUCCUCGCAACAGCAGCAGCAGCAGAUGCCUCCUAUGACCGAGGAGCAGAGCCGAAUGUACAUAAUGAAACAAAAGGCUGGAAUUGCUUAUAGACCAUUGGGAUCACAUGGGCAGGACCAGAAUUCACAGUCCAAUGUGCCUCGUGUCCCUGUGUCUGUAGGAGGGCCCGGUGUGGUGUCGCAGGCCCCCGCAGUGUCCAUGGCCGGCAACCAUGGCAAUGCACCUUACCUGAACAGUCAGCAGCAAGCCCUGAUAAAACAGCAGCAGCAUCAACAGCAGCUUCUGCUGGAACAGAAACAGCGAGAGCAGAAGCAGCAGCUACUACUGGAACAGCAGAAACAGCAGUAUCUUAUGGGCCAGAGGCAGCAGCAACAGCAGCAACUCCUGGCAGAGCAGGAGAAACAAAGGCACCAACAGGAGCAAUUACAGCGGCACCUUACCAGACCUCCCCCUCAGUACCAGGACCAGCAGCAGAACUCCUAUCCACAGCAGGCAGUGGGGCCUUUUCAAGGGUCGUCUUCAGUUAUGUCCGGGGUGAACAAUAUGGCACGUCAGACUUCCGGAAGUCCGCGUAUGUUUUCCCAGUCACAGACUAUGCUUCAGAUGGGAGGCGGGCACACAGCUGUUCAACCCUUGUCUUCUGUUGCAAGUUCUCAAGAACGAGCGGUUUCUCAAUACCCCAAUAUGCAGAAUGUGCAGCGGAGUGGAAUGUACAACAUGGGAUCAGGCCUCCCGCAGAUGGUUCCAAAUCAUUCAACGCAGGGGAACAUACCCAAUGGACAGCCUCAGAUACAGAGGCAGCCAAACUUGGGUCAAGGAAACACACUUCCCUCUGGUUAUGGACCAAACCCUAUGGCAAAUCCCGCCCUGGCAGCACAGCAUAAUAAAGCAGGGAUGAACCCUGCUAUGUCUAAGACCCAAAUGCCCAGAAUGCCUGCUGCCCUGGCAUCUCAGAACCCAGCAUGGCAGCAUCAACAAAUGCAGAACAUAAACAAUCAGGCACAAGGAAAUAAUGGCUUGGGUCCGUUCAGUACUGCCAAUCCUGGUUUUCAUCUCCAGCAGAAUCACCACAAGAUGCCCAACCAACCAUUUGGCCAGGGUUUGCCACAAGUUGGUCUCGGAGCUGGUCGCCCCAUGAACUCGCUGAACAGUUCCGUUCCCGGUCAGAUGAUGCCAAAUAUGGCUGCCCAGCAAAGGACAAAUCCUGCCACUCAACAGCCAGCACCUAACCAGCAGGUCCACUCCGUCAUGAACCAAGCAGUGUCAGACUUGACAGCGUUCAGCCAGAACCCAGGUCAGCAGAUGGCAAACCGAGCCGGACUUCACUGUAACCAGAAUUACCAGGUCAGGUCGACGGGUCAGGACCUGCCGUUUGGAUUUGGUGGGCAGUCAGGCAAUGCCGGGUUACAGAACUUGACGGGGGACGCUGAUUUGUUGGACUCCCUGCUCAAAAACAGGACUUCGGAAGAGUGGAUGAAUGACUUAGAUGAGUUACUGGGGAACCAUUGAUACAUAGUCUGGGCUUUUUUUUAUUUUUUUUUUAUAAUCUAUAAUGGUUUUGAGAACAUUUUAGUGCAUUUUAUAAAAAAAAAUAUGAAAAACUAAAAUGUAAAUUUCUUUUGGACCAAAAACCUGUGCCAUUGAGAUACUGUUGUCCCUGAGGCUGGAAUAUGAAAUGGCCUGCUGCUUCCUUCCUACCCCUGUGACCGCAGAUGCCUGGCGCAUCCGUGGGUCUUUCUGCUCACCACUGCCUGCCUCUGUCAUUGAUGAUGGCAGGGCCCCUCUUACUGUCUCUACAAAUGCCUUAUGGGGAGUGAUGGGUUCUCGGUAGCAGAGAGCCAGAUAAAUGCUACUAUCUUGUUUUCUUCUGUAUGUGUAAGCUAUAGCUAAAUCUCAUCACUGUGUCCCCCACCCCCAGUUGCGGCCACUUCAUCAUAAACCCCAAUAUUUGCUUUACCUCGCCCCCAUUGUGAGAACUUACACAUGAGCUGUGAUGCUCUGUUUUUUUUUCCUCUGGUCUUUAUCUGUAAUCUUUUUAUUCCUCUUUUUAUUUUUGUAAUAAUCACUGUUAAUAAAGGAAAACUUUAGGGAAGACCGGCAGCGGUAGCUCCUGACUGUAUGUCCUGUAUCGUCAUCUAUUGCAGUCUAGCUCUAAUUAAUGGCUCCGCUCCACCUUUUUGUAAUGUUAAAAGCAGAAGCCAAAUUUACCAUAUAUUAGACCUGAAAACCUUUCUCCAUCACUGUUUUGCCCCCUGUGCGUCUGUAUUCACUUGAAAAUUCCAAUAUUCGUGAUUUACUUUGUAAGGAUUCCUCUUCAUUUCUCCAAUACCUAUACUUGGAAAGCCACCUGUUGCUCCUACCUUUAUGUCCUCCCAUAAAAUGAUAUUCUUUAUAUGUGCUACAUGACGGUCAGUUGCUCCUUAGCACCAUAAUGCAAACUAUUAACAAAACCUAAGAUAGUGUCAGCUUCAGAUCUACUAAGGAACAACGGAACAAAUCCUUAUUAAAGGAACACUACAAGAUUACCGAAAAGCUGAACACCAUGUGCCCGUCUUUCUUAUUCAUUGUACCCCAUUUUUAGCAUUGCUCCAUCUCCUUAGCUGCUGCCUACCUCCCAUAGAGGACAGUGCAGUGGGGCAGGGCUCCUGCUGUACCCAGUUGCCUUACAGUGAAAAUGAGGGGAAUGGCAGAAUUUUUGAGGGUACAUUUAUACGUACAGGAUCUGCAGGUAGCAGUUGUGAUCGUACCCAAGACAUGUAUUUGAGUCAGAUUUUUUUUUGAUUGAUCCAAUCCUCUUAUGGGAGCGAUGGGUAUUAGGAGAGGAAUUAUGAUGUAUUUUCUAUGUUUAAAUGAUUAGUGUUCUCUUUAGCAGAUCAUCACUUUACAACUUGAUCUACUCUACUAAUCCUGACUUGGUCUUUCUGCUGAGUAGGCGCCUGUGAAGAGACCAAUAUAUUCAGACCAGAUCUCCUGAGGGAAAGUUCUGUCCAAAGCUUCCCUUACUGACUACACUGCAGUGAAUUGUAUGGCGAGGACCUCGUACCAGUACUUUUCCAGAUAUGGCUAUUAUAAGACGCACAUAUAGAACUAUGCAACAAUGCAUUCUACAGCUACCAUAUGUUUUUGGGAUAGAGGUCAUGUUACUGGCUCCCACAGUCUGCCAUAUCCCUUCAUUGUAGGAUGUACCAUAGGUGCUGGCCCACCACUCAUUGGGGGAGAUCUAUCAAAACCUGAUGAGGAAAAGGUGCCCAUAGCAACCAAUCAGAUCGCUUCUUUCAUUUUUAACAAGGCCUCUCUAACAUGAAAGAAGCGAUCUGAUUGGUUGCUAUGGGCCACUGGGUAACUUUCCUUUGCACAGGUUUUGAUAAGUCUCCUCCGCUGAACUUCUUAUUUUUAUGUAUACAGCUUCACGCCAUUAUGGCAGAAUGAAGCAAUUUUCACUCGGUUUAGCACAUCAUUGAAUACUAAAAAUACAUUAUUGGGAAGACCUAAUCCCCCUACCACCCCCACCACUGAGUUUUUUUUUUUUUUCUCACUUUUUCACAACAGUUGUGAGGACCUUUCCUUGUGGACAGUGAUAACACUAGGAGGCAAAAUAAAUGAAUCCUGAGAUGUAACAAUGUAUUUGUAGUUUUCCUCCCUUCUGACCAGUCCGGGGUUCUUCACCAUUGUGCCUUCUGUCUGAUGUUCUGCAGCAUCACCGGGAUCGCUUGGGCCCAUGAUUCCCCCCGGUAACAUUAGACUAGUUUUUGUCUGGGUCAUUUGUUUUGUAAUAAUAAGUCUGAUCUAAAGUUGAUCUUAAUGGCCGGACUGACACUAAUGUAUUUCUACACUUCUACCUUUUGACUAUUUCGUUUUUUGUUUUUUUUAACCUAACAAACUAUGGCGAUUGGACGCUUGGGGUGAAACCAUUAUUAUUGUUGUUCAGACUAGAUCAGCUGUAUUCUUUGGGCCUGGCCAUGCAAGAUUUGCUCUGAACACAUGCAAGUAAACUGGUACAUGAUGGCUUAAAUGGGCACUGUCCUAAAAAAUAACUUUUGUUAUGACCUGGAGAUAUAUUAAGUUUUUUCAUCAGUCGAGGUCUGAGCGUUCAGACCCAAACUGAUCACUAGAUAGUCGGGAUAGAUGUGUGCUAAGCGCGUUUACUCCCAGCUUUAAACCAUGUGACCGAGAAGAUCACAUAAUGCAAAUCUAAUGGACUGUCUCAUUGACACAUAGAAAGCGGGGAGAAUGUGGCCAUCUAUAGGGGGAUAAAAUGAGGUGUCAGACUGUGAUUCAUCUAUACAAGUUUCCUCUGGCGAAAGGAAUCAUCUUAUUUAUAACAUUAGAGAAUCCCAAUCCCAUCCAAACCCAUUCCCGACUCUUCCAUUUAAAGGGGUACUCCGAUGGAAAACUUUUUUUUUUUUAAAUCAACUAGUGCUGACUGUUAGAUUUGUAAUUUUUUUUUUGCCUGACCGCAGUGCUCUCUGCUGACACCUCUGUCCAUGUCAGGAACGGUCAAGAGCAGGAUCGGUUUGCUAUACGGAAUUGUUCCUGCUCUGGACAGUUCCUGACAAGCAGAAGUAUUGGAGGAAAAAAGCUGCGUUGGCGCUCCCAAGGAAGUAACCCAA